AUGAAAGAGAAGUCCAAAAAUGCUGCCCGGACUAGGAGGGAGAAGGAAAACAGUGAAUUUUAUGAACUGGCUAAAUUACUGCCUUUGCCCUCGGCUAUCACCUCGCAGCUGGACAAAGCAUCCAUAAUCAGACUCACCACCAGCUAUCUCAAAAUGAGAGUAGUGUUCCCAGAAGGGCUCGGCGAGGCGUGGGGCCACUCGAGUCGCACCAGCCCCUUGGACAACGUGGGCAGAGAACUGGGCUCCCAUCUGCUCCAGACCCUGGACGGCUUCAUCUUUGUGGUGGCCCCAGAUGGGAAGAUCAUGUACAUCUCGGAGACAGCCUCAGUCCACCUGGGUCUUUCUCAGGUAGAGCUGACUGGGAACAGCAUUUAUGAAUACAUCCACCCGGCGGACCACGAUGAGAUGACCGCUGUGCUCACGGCCCAUCAGCCCUACCACUCUCACUUCGUCCAGGAGUAUGAGAUCGAGCGCUCCUUCUUUCUGAGGAUGAAGUGCGUCUUGGCCAAGAGGAACGCGGGCCUCACCUGCGGAGGGUACAAGGUCAUUCACUGCAGCGGCUACCUGAAGAUCCGCCAGUACAGCCUGGACAUGUCCCCCUUCGAUGGCUGCUACCAGAACGUGGGCCUGGUAGCCGUGGGCCACUCACUGCCUCCCAGCGCCGUCACGGAGAUCAAGCUGCACAGCAACAUGUUCAUGUUCCGCGCCAGCCUGGACAUGAAGCUCAUAUUCCUGGACUCCAGAGUAGCGGAGCUGACGGGGUACGAACCUCAGGACCUAAUUGAGAAGACCCUGUACCACCACGUGCACGGCUGCGACACCUUCCACCUGCGCUGCGCCCACCACCUGCUGCUCGUGAAGGGGCAGGUGACCACCAAGUACUACAGGUUCCUGGCGAAGCACGGCGGCUGGGUAUGGGUGCAGAGCUAUGCGACCAUCGUCCACAACAGCCGCUCGUCCAGACCACACUGUAUCGUCAGCGUCAACUAUGUCCUCACGGACACGGAAUACAAAGGGUUGCAGCUCUCCCUGGAUCAAAUCUCAGCCUCUAAACCAGCCUUCUCCUACACCAGCAGCUCCACUCCUACCAUGACUGACAACAGGAAGGGGGCCAAGUCCAGGCUCUCCAGCUCAAAGUCAAAAUCCAGAACUUCCCCCUAUCCUCAGUAUUCGGGAUUUCACACGGAAAGAUCUGAAUCUGAUCACGACAGCCAGUGGGGUGGAAGUCCCCUGACCGACACAGCCUCUCCGCAGCUCCUGGACCCCGCGGAGAGACCCGGCUCUCAGCAUGAUGCCUCGUGCGCCUAUAGACAGUUCUCUGACCGCAGCUCCCUGUGCUAUGGCUUUGCGCUGGACCAUUCCAGGCUGGUGGAGGAGAGGCACUUCCACACCCAGGCCUGCGAGGGAGGCCGGUGUGAGGCAGGCAGGUACUUCCUGGGAACGCCGCAGGCCGGGAGGGAGCCCUGGUGGGGCUCUCGUGCAGCCUUGCCCCUGACCAAGUCUUCCCCAGAAAGCAGAGAAGCCUAUGAAAACAGCAUGCCUCACAUCGCUUCCGUCCACAGGAUCCACGGGCGAGGUCAUUGGGAUGAAGAUAGUGUGGUCAGUUCUCCAGACCCUGGGUCUGCCAGCGAAUCAGGUGACCGAUAUCGCACUGAGCAGUAUCAAAGUAGCCCACACGAGCCUAGCAAAAUUGAAACUCUGAUAAGAGCCACCCAGCAAAUGAUUAAAGAAGAAGAGAACAGAUUGCAGCUAAGGAAAGCCCCCCCAGACCAACUGGCUUCCAUUAAUGGAGCUGGGAAAAAACACUCCCUCUGUUUUGCAAACUACCAACAGCCCCCGCCAACAGGGGAAGUCUGCCACAGCUCUGCUCUUGCCAACACUUCACCAUGUGACCACAUCCAGCAGAGAGAGGGAAAGAUGCUGAGCCCCCAUGAAAAUGACUAUGACAACAGUCCCACUGCACUGUCUCGAAUAAGUAGUCCCAAUUCGGAUCGCAUUUCAAAAUCCAGUUUGAUCCUAGCUAAAGACUAUCUACAUUCGGAUAUGUCUCCACAUCAGACAGCGGGAGACCAUCCUGCCGUCUCUCCAAACUGCUUUGGUUCUCACCGGCAGUAUUUUGAUAAGCAUGCUUACACAUUAACUGGAUAUGCCCUGGAGCACUUAUAUGACAGUGAAACCAUUAGAAACUAUUCCUUGGGCUGUAAUGGCUCACACUUUGAUGUAACUUCCCAUCUAAGGAUGCAGCCAGACCCGGCACAAGGACACAAGGGAACAUCUGUUAUAAUAACCAAUGGAAGCUGA